AGGAACUAUUAAGGUUGACAUGUGGACUAAAUUUAACAGCGCUGUCCCCUGUAAACUUUGAUUCGAACCGUGCUCUAAUUGCACCACUACCUGGCGACAUUCCUUUUUUCCCUUCUAUCUAUCGCGAUCUAUCGGCUAGAGCCGCGGCCGGGAUCGUCUGUACAACAUGAGAAGUCAAACUUUGAACGACUGAAAAUUUCAAAUAUUCUUAUCUUGGAUUAAGUUUUGAAAAAAAGAGUUUCGGAAGUCAUCUACACCUAGCAGUCUAAAUCUAGCAAAAAAAUUAUUACAAAAACAUUACGCUAGCCACUACAAUCUUGUCCGCAUUCGGUCUGUAACGACCAUAGAAAAAGAAAGGAGGAAAGGGGUUGUAUCACAUACCGCCAUAUUGCGGUUAUGGCACUCGUAGGCCUGUCGUUAAUUUUGGCGUCUGUGGUCUACGCUGCCAUCUGGAAGCCGCCAUUUAUCCAAACAUUACUGGCGAUAUGGCGAGGCGACCCAAAAAUACAACAGCCGCCAACAACACGUCGUCCUACUCGAGCAGAGGCGAGGACAAGGGGGGAAGAUGAGUUUAUUGCGAUAGGAACAAGGAACGACGAGCCUUUAAACUUACCGGUGCCGGUAGAAGUGGUAGUAACGACAGAAACAGCCGACCGAGCAGCCAUGCCACCUCCUCCUCUCCCAUCUCUCCCUCCCAAGCUCACAACACAACCGCCUCAUGACGAAACGAGCACAUCCCCGCAAACAACGCCUAAGGCGGCACCCUCAAUAAAUUUAGAUGGGGAUAGUAUACCCUCAUUCUCCCUCUCCGCCUCCCCACCCGCCUCGUCCGCCGCCAUCGCGCGCCACACCGAAGCCCAAACCGUACCUGCCGUCCUCCCUACUCUCACUGCGCCCUCUCCUCCUCAAACUUCGGUGCCAGCUCUUGCCGCGCCUACACUAGGAACCAUGCGACCACCACCCCGUCCUCCUGUACCCAACAACCUAAACAAUAGCCCCAGUAGCGGCGGCUCCCUCCUCGGCGUACCCUCUCGCGGUCCCGUUCCAAAUCGACAGCACCAGUACGAUCGACAGCCAGGUAGCUCAACCCUUGCGCCACCUCCCACACACAGCAGUAAGCCGGCUAAGCCGUCGCGCAAAGUGACAUUGGAGCCCGGCCGGAGUCCAUUGGACUGGGCGCGUCUGGCUAACCACCCCUCCUCCGACCUAAGGAACCUUGGUCCCGGUGCGCCAUACCUGCGCGUGACGCCGAGCAUGCUGCGACGACAGACAGGACGUAAGGGCAAGGACGCCUGGACCGCGCUGGGAGGUCGUGUGUACAAUAUCACGCCGUAUCUUCCUUUCCACCCAGGCGGGGAGCCCGAGCUGCUGCGUGUGGCUGGGCGCGAUGGGUCGAAGCUCUUUGGUGAGAUACAUCCUUGGGUUAAUUAUGAGACGAUGCUGUCGAGUUGUAUGAUUGGGUUGCUCGUCGAAGAACACGAGGCUAGGAGUACGGGAGACAUGGAUGCUAUGGAUUAGGUCGCUUUGUAUGUCUAACUACGUGCUCCGAGUGUAAAUUUCAAGUUCGAGAAGAGAGGAAGGAAGAUGGGGGUUGGGAGGGGAGUUAAUCAUUAAUCACGACAACGACAUGGCGGUGGAGAAGGUAGAGAUAAAGCAUGGCAUGGCAUGGCGUCGGUCGGGCAUUUACUAGAACGGCGAGCAAAUAGGCAAAGGCUCAUCUUCACAAUCGGUUAGGAUAGUUCAGGUAGAUCCAUCACUUUCAUAGUUUGCUCGUGGCAAGGCUAGCAGCUAGGUAUACAAAUGUGAUACCCAUAUAGAAAUCAGGUACAUCAGCAGAAGAUAGGGGUGGCAUAUAUUGAGCUAAUAAAUCCAUUAUCUCUUCCCAAACCUGAAGCGCAGU